ACCUGACAGAUGUUCUGGUAGAUUUGUUGCAAGAAAUUAUAUCAAGCUUAGGCUGUGCCUUUUUAUAAAUCACAAUGGAAAUUCAUGUUGCUUUUUAAAUUACAGGUUGCACUGUUUCUGUUCUUUAAAAUUCUGGAAAUCUCUAGGCAAUGAUGAACUACCCAGAAGGGACUAAUGGCAACAUACUUUGUGGUUUAAAAACAGACUUGGAUUUACUGCUUGAAUGUCUGAAGUAUCAGAUGGACAGUCCCGAGACUCAGAAGCAAGCCCUGGUCACUAUCUCUUCCAUAUGUCAACAGAAUUGUGAAGCAAGCGAGUACUUUCGUGUGAUUGGAGGCUUAGAAUAUAUUCAUGGACUUAUAAAAUUGACUGAUGCUUCUCUCGUUUGUGAGGCUGCUCUGUUCACUUUGGGAGCUCUAGCUGAAAGCAGUGUAUACUGCCAGCAGAGUUUGUGCACUGUUGAAUUGCUGUCUGAUCUUGCCUCGUCACUUACGAAGAAGGAUGCUUCAUUGAUUCUGAAGAGGAUGGAUGUCUAUAUGAUCCUGGUGUUGGUCUCGCACAACAGUAUGCAUGUUAUGAGAAACAAGAAGGACACAAAGGAGAAACAGAAAAAGGAAUCAAACGAGGAACAGAGGGAAUCAAAGGAACAGAAAGAAUCAAAGGAGCAAAAGAAGGAAUCAACGGAGAAGCAGAAAAAGGAAUCAAAGGAGUCACAUGAUGGAAUCAAAGCAGAAACAAGGAAUCCAAGGAGAAACAAGAAGAAAUUUAAGGAGAAGCAGGGAUCCAAGAAACAGAGGAAGAAAUCCAAGGAAAAACAGAAGAAGAAAUCCAAGGAGAAACAAAAGAAGGAAUCAAAGGAGAAACAGAAGAAGGAAUCAAAAGAGAAACAGAAAAAUGAAUCUAAGGAGAAAAGAAUGAUCCAAAGGAGAAAUAGAAGAAGGAAUCAAAGGAGAAACAGCAGAAGGAAUCAACGGAGUAACAGAAGAAGGAUUAAAAAGACGAUGAAGAAGGAUUCAAAGGAGAAACAGAAGAAGGAAUCAAAGGCAAAUCAGAAGAAGGAACACAAGGAGAAACAGAAUAGAAGGAGAAACAAGGAAAACAACGAGAAACAGAAGGAACCAAAGGAGAAAGAGAAACGGGGAUUCAAAGGAGAAACUGAAAAUCGAAUCAAAGGCAAAACCGAAGAAGGAAUCAUAGGGAAAACAGAAGAAGGAAUCAAAGUUGAAACAGAAGAAUACAAGGAGGAACAGAAGAUGGAAUCCACAGAGAAACAGAAGAAAGAAGAAUCCAAGGAGAAACAUAAGAUGGAGCCUAAGGAGAAACAGAAAUAUGAAUCCAAGGGGAAACAGAAGAAGAAAUCCAAGGAGAAACAAGAAGGGAUCCUAGGAGAAACAGAAGAAGUGAUCCAUGGAGACAAGAAGAAAGAAUCCAAGGAGAAACAGAAGAAGGAAUCAAUUGAGAAACUAGAAGGAAUUAAAGGAGAUUCAAAGGAGGAUCAGAAGAAAGAAUCCAAGGAGAAACAGAAGAAGGAAUCCAAUGAGAAAUGGAGGAAUGGAUCCAAGGAGAAGCAGAAAAGGGAUCAAAGGAAAAAUAUAAGAAGAAGAAAGAAGGAAUCCAAGGAGAAACAAGGAGGAAAUCAACGUCUCUCCUUGAGCCUGUGUCUGAGUGACCAGGGAAAGCAUGAUGUGGCAGAACCUCUUCCCGCCCCAGACAACGAGGGACUGCGCCCACCCACAGAAGAAGUGCAGGAGAAGGAGAAGAUGACGAACAGACAGCUUAGUAUAGGUUUACAUUUUGUUUUUCUUUUUUUAACCAGAACUAGUUUUCCAAUGUCGGACAAGCAAUCUAUACAUGAAAAUAUUGGUCAUUACUACGAGUUGUGGUCGUCCAUUGGGAGUACUCUCUGUGCUUGUGUCAACAAUCCACAGAAUGAAGAGAACCAGAGACUAUGUACAGCAGCCUUUCCAUUUGCAAAGGAGUGUCUGCAAAAAUGCAUCAGGCAAGAAAUAAUUCGUCCCAUUUGUGCAUUUAUUGGGCUCACAGUUGCCAACAAUUCAUAUGCACAGAACUACUUUUGUAAAGUUGGUGGACUGGAUACUCUUGCUCAGACUGCUGUGAGCUUAGCAGAUGAAUCUCUAACAUAUCACUCCAAUGUGCAGUUGGCAAUUUCUGUGAUAAAAACUCUGGAUUCCUGCAUUUCAGAUCAUUCUUCCUUGGCUUUACGCUUGUCACAAUACUCAAUCGUUCCCAAGCUUGUGGCGCUGUUAACACAGGAUGAUCUUGAUCCGGGAAGUAAAUUGGGGAUUAUUCUUGCUAUUGGGCACUGCACUGAUGGAUGUGAAGUGCAUCAGUAUCAGCUACUGAAGAGCAAUGGGCUUCCACUUAUGAUCCAAAUGGUAGCUGAAUCCCAGGAUGAGGAGCAGAGGAAAGCAGCCACUUUUGUUCUACAGAGUUGCCAGCUCAUAACUGAAAAACUAGCGAACAAUCUGGUGGAGAAUUGUCAGUUCAAAGAAGACACAGUAACUUCAAACCCAAAGGAUAUCAGCAUAAGAAAUUACUGGAAAUUUGCAGACGAAUUUUUGCAUCGGAUAGAAAUAUUAGAAAAACAGCAAGAGCUCACCAACAACACUAGAGACGUGGACGUACAUUGUACAACUACACCACCAAGUUCGCAAGCAUACCCAAAAUUUCAGUUAUGUGAUUCAUUGCUUAGAGGAAUGAACCAGAUGGCGAAAGAUAAAGAAGGUGCAUCAAUGAAACAUUGCAGAGAACAGCAAUCCGUGGAUAAACCACGCAUGGAUAGUACGAAAAUAAAAAGUUGUGGAAAAAAGCAGGAUUUUACCCCAGCAAAAACAAAACUAGAUUUCAGCCAAAGAGUAACUGGAUACAGAGAGGAAGAUUCUAUUAUUCCAACAUUCAGUUUACCCUGUUCUGGAGCUGAAGAAAAUAAAAUUCAAUACCGGGAUCAGCAGUUAAUGAUGAAGGCACGGCUCAUACUCAAAAACGAUGCUGUCCCAAAGUUCUUCAAACCAAGACCAGUUCCGUUCAGUCGGAUGGACGCCGUCGACAAGGAACUCUGCCGUCUUGAAGAAAUUGGAAUUAUCACCCAUGUGAACCAUUCAGACUGGGCCACACCCAUAGUUGUCGUUCAGAAGCCUUGCGGCAAGCUGCAAGGAGGACUGAAUUUCUUGAAAUUGGACAUGUCCGACGCAUAUCUCCAAAUGGAACUGGACGACGAGACAAUAAACCUGCUCGUGAUCAACACGCACAAGGGACUGUUCAGAUACAACCGAUUGUCAUUUGGACCGGCACCGGCUCCGGCCAUCUUCCAGAAACUAGUCGACAAUCUGGUUGCCGGGAUUCUGUACGUAGCUGCCUACCUGGAUGACAUCUUUGUCACCGGCCGGACACAGGAAGUACACCUGCAGAACCUAAAACAGAUCAUCACGUCACUGAACAACUACAGCAUGAAGUUACGCAUGGACAAGUGCGCAUUUUUCCAACAACAUGUCACAUAUCUCGGACAUGUGAUCUCGGCAAGUGGUCUGAAGCAAUCGGAUGAAAGAGUGGACGCCAUUGUGAAAUUGCCGGUGCCCGAAAAUGUGAAGCAGCUUGAAAGCUUCAUGGGCAAGGUUAACUACUAUGGCAAGUUCAUACCAGCACUUUCGACUUUGUGCGCACCAUUGACCAACCUGCGAAAUGCUGGUUAUGGCCGCUGGAAGUUUUGGGGGAAAAAAUUGCGACCAUCUGCGCCUGCGCAUUUGGGGGAAGCCAGUGACGCAGUAGCGACGCAAAAUGACGCUCUCUCUCCGCUCGUGCGCAAUGGGCCCAGCCAGGAGCUAUUCAAAAUACCUGCAUUGUGUAGAAGAAAACAGAAAAACAUGGAUCCAUUGUUUCUGUGUUCAGACCUAAUUGAUAAAGAAAUCAGUAACCUUACCUAUUCUGUACCUUCACUUAAUGUUGGCCAAGAUUUCCGAUGUUCAGGUUGUUCAACUGUAACAGCAUCCUUGAACAGUAGGAAUUUCAGCAAGAUUCUUCAGGCUUGCCCUAACAAAUGUGAUCGACAUAAAGUGAUACAAGAGUGUGAGGAAAGAUAUAAAAAGGAGCUUAAGAAGUUACAAGCCAGUAACAUUAACAAAACUGAUAAAAAUUUAUUUUUUACUCCAAUCAGAAGAACUACAUCUUGUAUCACAGAUUGCUGUAUUAAGCAAACAGAUUCUAUGAACUCAACACCUACAAAGGAUUUCCACUUAAAAAAUCAGAAAUACCAGCCACAAGACAGAAGAAACUUAUUUACUCCAUUGGUCGACAAUAAAAGAAGAUUUCAGGAUCAUAUUUACUCCUUCGAUGAUGGCAAGCAUUCAGACACCUGUGAAUACGCAGUGGGAGUAAGACAAUCAAGCAAAAGAAGGCAGCGUAAGGAUUUCACAAAGAAGGAAAUUGGCUACUUGCUAGAAGGAGUAUUGAAAAUGGGCUAUCACUGGAAUUCUAUUCUAUGGUCAUAUCCAUUCCAGAAAGGGCGAACUAAUGUGGAUCUAGCAAACAAAUACCGGAACUUACAGAAAAGAAAUUUGAAAGAUUAAAGAUCCAGAAGU